AUGAGUGAUUAUCGAGCACUUCUGUUGAAUAUUUCAAAUCAUUUAACGUCUGAAGAUGUAACUGGGCUUAAAUAUCUCUGCGUGGAAGUCAUUCCGGCCGGAAGAGCAGAGAAAAUUACUCGUGCAUUCGAGUUCUUCUCCGAGCUUGAACGUCUGAACUUGCUUUCGGAGGAGAAUCGAGACUUUUUGGCUUCAAAACUUAUUGCUAUCAAUAGAAAUGACUUGAGGAAUAAACUUUUAGGGAUUCAAGGUAAGGGUAUUUACUUUCUUGCGUUUGUUGAUUGUAUAGUGAAGUCGCAAAACGUACGUUGCAAUCAAUCCGUGGAUAUGACUAAGCCAAUUUUACGGACAGUAGUAAAAAUGUGAAAGUAACUUUAAAUACAUCGCUUUGCUACGUAAGGAGUAAGAUUCAUUACUUUUAAUCUUCUGUCUCUCUGUACGUAUGAGUUUAAGAGCUCGAUUGGAAAGUAUAACAUCGGUUUGAUUGGAAAAUCAACUUCCGUCCGCGGAACUACAGCAUAGCCUCUUCUUCUUGUCACAAAUACUGAGCUCCAAUUCCCGGCUCUUGUAGCAUCCGAAGUACUUUACACACAAACCUGAUAUGUAAGAUAUACUUGGGGCUUCAAAAUUCUACUCUUCUGACAAGAGGCCAAAGUUGUAAAAGGGUCUGAGAUUAUGCAUGAUGUCACAGGUCAGCCAAAGACAUUUCUUCUCCAGUGCCACAUAAUAGCUAAUCACUCUUUCUAUUUACCAGUACCACAUAUAAUCAAAAGUAUAGCAAAAUUUUUGAAUAUGAUUGGUUAUCACCAGCCCGAUUUGAGCACUGAAAGGACAGUGUACACAUCAUGCUUGUAAUUGGACAGUGUGAUAGGACAGUUGGUGAGAUUUUUCUCCAAAGGGGUAACUAGGGGCCAGCUCCACCACAAAAAUUUAAAUGAGGAGCUUAGAAAAUGUAAUGUUAAUAAUUUUGGGCAUCAAAAAGAGUUCUUUCAGGCUAAUCAGAUGGAAGUGAAAGGUCUUAUAGGCAGCGGUAGACUGUUAGUUAUUGGCUUUUAUUGAAAACCUUGACGGUAAAAUAGCUAAAGCUGGUGAUAAAACUGUUGAUUUUAUACAGCAUUGGCAGCCAUCAGCAAAAAUUGCCAGGUGUGCCUGGAACUGUGACCAUGAUUUCCCCUGAUUGUCACAAUCAUUGUAAAAAAAAUCAUUGAUAUCUGACAUGCCAGAUAUUAGCCAUUUUGUGCAUGGAUUACAGUGAUCAAAUUUGCAGAAAUAGGAAAACAAAAUCACCUGGUGAGUCACCAGCUUAAUGGUUAUACUCCUGUCAACAAAACAAUGUUGAGCCAAAUGUUGCCUUAGUUCAUUCUUCUGCUGCAUAGACAUCAAAUUCUGUGACCAGUGAAUGAUAUGCCAGGCAAAUUUACACCAAAAAUCUUCAGCAUAUUCCCCACUCAGGGGAGAGGCAAGUAAACUUUAGUUUGAUGGCAGAUAUCCAUUAUGUAAAAGUGUUAAACAAAGCUUUCUUGUCAAUUUUCGGAUCAAAACAAGGUCUUAUUUUUAUGUAUUUACAGAAAAUGAAACAGUGUCACAGAUAAGCCAAGGACAGGUAGCAUGUAAGUACACACAAACCUCAUUAGUAAUUCUCUUUACUGUGUGGCAUACAAUUCUUUUGAUGUCAGUUUGGAGAAUUUGUUAUCAGAUCAGAUAAUAUUCCCUUAAAACACACCUUUUCUGCAAGAUUUUUGUUUACAGUCAAACCUCAAUUGUUGGGACCUCUCUUAUGGAGCAUUUUUCUCUGGUCCCUUUUUUAUAAAUUUUAAUUAGUCACAUUUGAGAUCUGUGAGAACUUUUUCCUAUCACACAAUGCUCAUGUAUUGAAUCAAUAUUGCCAAUAUUCCAUUGAUGGAGCUUCAAAGAAUGUUGCACCAUGUAGAAUGCCGUAGCAACUUGAAAUAAACUGAUUUAUGUCAUCAGUUUAGGCUGUGAAGGUUUUUGAUUAGCUUUAAUGACUUUUUGAAAAUACUUUUGAAAAAUAUUAACAAUGUGUCAAUCAGAUGUUAACUUUUACCAAUUGUCAGUUGACAAUGAUGUACAUGAUAUGGUGAUUUAAGUGAUAAGUAUUCAGCUCUAGGUUUGGCUCAUUAAUAUUCUUAUUUUUGAUUAUCUGGACUCCUGAAAAUAUAUAGAAUUUUCAGCCCAAUCCUUAUGAGUCUGGAUAAUCAAGAUUCAAGUUAUUUCUUUCUUCUUUGUUUUUUGGCAACACAGCAGCACAGCCAAAUAGUUGGGAUGACAAGCCUGUUCCUGGAGAUUUAGUUUACAAUCUUGUUGAAGAUCUGAGCACAAGCUGGAAAAUGUUGGGAAGACGUCUUGGUCUUACAGAAGGUGUCUUAAGCAACAUUGACUCAGAACAUCGGAAAGUUGUAGAAAAAGGCGUGGGAAUGUUUGAAGAGUGGAAGAAAAGAAAAACUGUCGACGCAACAAUUAAAGCAUUACGGAAAGCCCUUGAGCUUAUAGGAAGACGAGAUUUGUCUGAAAGAGUGAGAGGUAUCAUAUCAAAAAGAAAGCUCCACUGAUGGAACAAAGUAUCAAUGAAUUAUCAAAAGUGACCCUUUUAGUUAAAAUCUUAUGGCAGACAUGAAGCAUCUUGUGUAAGAAAAAAUUGAUACCAAUAUCAGCUAUGUGGGAACUGGAAUUUUGUGUGUUCUGCCAUGGUGGAACAUCUGAUGCUUUGAAGUUGGCACUACUGCAUGUGUGUUAGAUUACAGAAUCCUGCAAUCAAAACGCUAAUUAUUUGGUGACGGAAGUGGUAGCCACAAUUCAGCACAUGAUCCAAUUUUUUUUCCCAUAAUAUAUUAUUUUCCAGACAGCAAAUCUCCUUCAUCAGGAAGUUUUUUUUUCGUUGUUCAACCAGUGGAAGCUUCCUGCAAUGUUUAAUAUUUAGUGUAGAAAAAAUUUAGAAGAAAAAAAAAAAGGUGUGGGCUGUAUACAAUCAUCUGAUUAGGAUGAUGCAAAGCUGUGCAGCUCUGAGAGCCAUGAGUUAAAAGGAGAAAAGAAAAAGGCCCAUGGCCAUAUGAUUAAAUUCUUCUUGACUGAAUUAGUUAGAGCUGCAGGGGAAAAUGUCUGGCUCUUAAUUCUCAGCAUGGCCUCAUUCACUGUACAUAACAACAUCAAGAGUUAAAGGGUCCAACAAUUCUUUAAUGGCCAGAGCUCAUGAUAAAUAUUUUGUAAUAAAUUAAUGGAAAUGUUUGAUACCUCAUUUUAUUAAUAUGCAUUGUGGUGAGGUGAAAUUUUGCAGUCGGUUAGUGUGUAUGUGGUUAAUUCUUAACCCAUAGAGUCCCAAGAUCUGAUGCCAAUUCUCCCCUCUUGCUGUAACACAUUUCCUUGUGAAUUACCAGCAAGAAUUUGGUGUUGGAUCAAGAGGCCAACUUCUACUUGAUAAGUUUGAGUAUUUUCAUUACUUGUUUACAGGAUAAUGUACGGAUAUUAUAGUGCAAAGUUACAUGUACUUGUUAUCCACUUCCUGGAGUUAAAGGGUUAAGAGUGAUGUCUUUCUCUGUACAGAUUAUGCGUUGAAGAAGCAGCAAGAAGAGAUUGAUGCUGCAGUGGAACAUGAAUACCAGACUGAAAUAGGUUUGUUUUGCACUCAAAUAUCAUAAUUGAAGACCAAGUCUUUGCAUUUUUCUUUUUUAGUUAUUCAACCUUAAAAACUCCAAAUCACAUUUUAAGCUUGGUGAUUUAAAUAAAAGAUGAAGUUAUUCAGUGGAUGACACAUAACAGUGGUAGAGCGUCUGAAGUACUAAUCAGAAGGUCAAAGGUUGAACUCCUAUUGCAAGCACUCACAGUUCUUUUUGUAUGAGUAUGGUUGGGUCAUUCAUCGAUUAACAUCAUCCUUCACAUCAAAUUACAUGUCUCAGUUUUGAUAAUUGUGGCUCAGCAGUCUUUAUAUUCAAGGUCACUUUACUUUGGGCAAUAUUGCAAGCAUACUUGAUUGUUAAAAUCAAUAAUUUUCCUUCACAGCAGAACAGAGGCCUUUUCCAAACUUAAAUGACAUGGGCCAUGUCUUGCCAAAUUAUCCUCCACAACGUGUCCCUGGAGAGCAAACAGAAUAUAGUAGUCUGAGACCAGUACCAUCCUACCAACCUGGUUGGACUCCACCAAAUCAAAGCUUUCCACCUUUCUCUGCCCCACCAGUCACCACAAGUGGUUUGGAUCCAUCCUUUAUCGGUGGUUGGUAUCAACCCAGUCAAGUUUCUCUACCUCUCUCCACUCAGCAGGCCUCUGUAGGUAGACAGGAUUCAUCAAUUCGGCAACAACCUACCCUUUCUGCACAGGAUAAUGAAACAGCUCCAACCCCCUCAGCAAUGCAGGCCAUUUCCGGUCAUCCUAACCUGACUGGUUUGCCAUUGCAAAGGGUUGCUCCAACAUAUCAAGGGGGUUCAUAUGCCGACCCAAACCUUCCCUAUUACGGGCCACUUCAUUCAGGCACUGGGCAAAAUCCCCCUCCUCACUCUUCAACCUCAGCAGUUCCAUCUGUUACAAGAAGUCAAAGAUCACAGAGUGACUCAAUUGUUGUCAAUCCAUCUAUUCCUUAUCUUAUUAGCAUAGACCGAUCUGUUUCCUCUCCAGGGCCACUUCCUCAAAGCACAAUGGUGAAUCCCUCUUUUCAGCCUUUACCUCCAGCUGUCCCAUCUGAGAGUGCGUCUCACAGACCUUCAGUGACUUCAAAUGUUGGCAAUGGAUUACCCCAAGAACCAACAGCUACCUCAGGGUUCAGUAAUCUUCUCCCUUUUAAUGAUACAUCAAAUCAGAGGCUACAGACUGAUUCAUCACUGGCUGACCCAUCCCUUGGUUAUCCUGUACAAGUCUCUCAACCCAGCAUGGAAAAUCCCUCUCUUCAAUCUCCACUUUCACCAGAUGCUGUAACGCAGGGACCUCCUGGUUCAACUGCAAGACAGGUUCAGGAGCACUCUGCAUCAGCAGGGUCUGCUGGACUGGAUGCCAUAGAUCAUCCUCCUAAUGGAAGCAUCAGUACAGGCAUCCCAGCCAUUGCUGAUCUCAAAGUACAGGUUUCCUCUAUGGGUAAUUUUUUGGAUCCUGCAAAGUAUGAGCCUAUCAAAAUGAUAGGAUCUGGCGGUUUUGCUAAGGUACAGAUUUUUCAUUUGCAUCCAUGAUUAAAUGUAUUGUUGAUGGACACUUGAUGUACAACACUUGCCCUCCCCUCCCCCUUCCUAAAAUAAGGUAAGAUAAGAUAAAACUUUAUUUAGCCAGGGUGGCCCAUGCAGCUACAUGGCUGUUAUCCAGAGGGACCUUGGUAAUAAUAAUUAAAAAAAAAUGAUUCCUUGUCAUUUUAGCGAGGGGAGAAACUGUUCCCCUGUGGCCAAAUUGUAACUCAAACCUUGUUUAAACCCUGAUCAUUUUGGUUUUAUCAACAGAGUUGAUUAUGUUAAUUGGCCACCAUCAAGAGUUUCAAAGCUGAAGUUUCAAGUGUUAGCCCUUUGUCAGAGCAACAAAGGGCUCUGAAGAAGGGCUAACCCUUGAAAUAUCAGCUUUCAAUGCUUUACAGUGGCCAAUUUACAUUUAUCAACUGGGUGGAUAAGACUAGAAUUACUGUGUUAUACUCCCAUACGGACGCAGCACCACAGUUUCUUCAGGAACUUAUAUCCUUUAUUCACCUGUUUGAACCAUGUUUGUCAUGAGUCAAACAAAAUGAUUUUUGAUACUUUUCCAACGCAUUAGUUUUGUUGAGUAGUUUUGGGUUGCUAGAUGUUUACCAUGGGUUAGCUUUUAGUAAAGACAUUAAAAAAAUGCCCUGACCUCUGUUUGUUGAACACUUACAUUGAUGUUUAGGUUUACCUCUGUCAGUGCAAAAAGACUGGGAAAAAAAUGGCAGUUAAAAUGUGUGAUCUUGGAAUAAACCAUGAGGAAACUCAAAAGGUGCAUAGUAUGCAAAUUUUUAUCAACUGUUUGUUAAUUAAAUAAUAAUAGGAUUUUUGCACUUCAUUUAACUGGGAUCAGAUUCCUGUACUGAGACAAAGAACCCUCUAAAAUUUGCCACUAUUCCAACUUAUGUUUUUGUGGUUCAGCUGGUCAUGAUGCCCAAUUAGCAUCUGGAAGUUGUGGGACCAAAUCUUGUGGAAUCCUGAAUUUUUGCUGGCCUCUUUUCAGCUCGCCUGUAGGGAUUAUUUCUUGGCUUGAAGUGGAAAAAUGUUUGUCAACUGUAACAGUUUCAGUGUUGCAAGUUGAAGCUUCUACCUCAGUGGAAAUGCCAGCAACUAAAGUGUACAGCUACAAUCCAAAUAAAAUAUAUUUGGUAAAAUGUGUCAUUUUGAAACUAAAUAUUCAAAAAAUAUUUUGUUAAGGUUGUUAUUCCUGCUUUAGAAAUUGGUAAAACUCUUAUUUUUUUCAUGUCAAUUGGUAUGCUUCUCCACACCUUCAUCUAGGUUAUGUCAUGUUAAAUGCUCAUGUAAGCUGCCUCUAGGUAAUUUCCUGUUUCAUCAUUAAUUUGUUGCUGUUGUUGUUCUUGUAAAUUUUAGCAAAGAAGGGCAGUUGAAAAUGAAGUAACAGUUCUUUCAGAUGUAAAGCACAAAUACAUUGUGCAGUUCUUCCAUGCAGAGGAGAAGCAAAACACUAUGUUGUUGUUUCUGGAAUACAUGGAAGGGGUGAGGUUUAACCUCAACAUCAGGAUCAAUAUUCUCCAUACUCCUCUCUCUACAUUACUUUGGUACUGACAGGGAGAAUUUGUUUUACUCUCAGAGCAUUUUAGGUUGGCGAUCAUUUUCUUUAUUCUCAUGGCCUUAAUGAAUGGAGAACUUAGAUGCUGUCCACUUAGUAAGUUUAAAGGAUUAAAAUCAGUGUAGGAGGAGAACAUCAAGUUGAUUGGGAGCUAAUUAUUUUUAAUUAAUGACCUUGGUUAAACGCCUUCAUAGUUUGACAAAUUUCCUCACUUUUUGACCCCGAGUGACAAGCAUCUAAUUUCUCCUUACAAUAACACCCCCUGAAUCCCACAUAAGGUCCCAAGAAUACAAGAAAUGAUCACCGCUUAAGAAGCUCUCGAUUGUUAAGCAAAUUCACCUUAUCAACACCUUUGGGAAUGUAUAGUAAACAGUAUGGACAAUAUGCAUUCUUAUGUUAGAGUGUAGAGGGUUAAGACAGAUGAUAAAUUGGUAUUAAAAUCUUACUAAGGUCAAUAGAUUGCAAAAACAUUGACACCUGAAUAGCAUCAGCAAUGAAUGUCAAGGCCCAAUAGUGUUGUGGACACACAGGUUCAUGAUAACCUCAAUUAAUUGCACAUAGUUAAUGAUGGAAGCCAUCCAUGUUUUCCUGAAAGGAGAAGAAUGAAGAUAUAUUUGCCUUGAUUAAUGGCAAUUUAUGCUUUUUGGAUGUAAAUGGCUCUGCAAUUGAGUGCACACAGUCAUGUAACUUUGACUGAACUAUAGAGCGAAGAUCUAAUCCAGACAAGUCGUUGUAUGAAACAUUUGAUUUGGGAGGCUGGUGAUUUCAUUUUUCUAGUUGAGAUCUAUGUGGACAAUGUUCUUAUGAUGUUGCUGUGCUUCUGUACUCUGAUAGACUUUAGACAGUGACAAAUCAGAAAAGGCAUAAAUUCAGGUUAUUAUUAAAAGUUACACUGUGUAUAGAGUGGGAAUUUGUCACUGUAGCACUGCAAAAAUAUUGCUCUGGCUCCGAUAAGUUCCUCUUACCCUUUUUUGUGGGGUAGUGUCUUGAAUUAGUCAGGAAAAGAUUUAUUUACUAGUCUCUGGGAGGCACCAGUUUAAACACUGUCGAGCCAGAAUGUUAAUCACCUCUCUUUUUGCAGGGUUCUGUGGAGGACAUGUUAAGACAGAAAGGACCCUUGGAAGAGCUGCUUGUCAGAAAGUUUACCUGGCAAAUGCUUAUCGGGGUUGAAUUCCUCCACAGCAAGGGAAUUAUUCACAAGGACAUCAAAGGUUAUUUUGAGAGAAGCUAUGCUAGAAAUAAUUUAGCUUACAGUAAAAACUUCAAGUUUAUUCUUGAUAAUCUGUGUUAAUCUUUCCCAUCCUCAGCCAUUCCUAUUCCCUCUUGAGUUAAAAUUGGUUAUUUUACCCUUUAAACCUUAACAUCAAUGUGUAUAUUCUCCACACUGGUCUUCAUACAUUUCUUAAGGUGCUGACAAGGAGAGUUUGUUUAACAAUCAAGAACUCCUUUUGUUGGUGAUUAUUUUCUUUAUUCUCAUGACCUUAAUGUAUGAUUCAGGGGGGUUAUUGUAAGGAGAAAGCAGAUGCUGGUCACUCUUAGGGGACAAAGUGUUAAGUCUAUCGGAUCAAUAUCAGUAUCUGGGCAACUGCCCACCUACCCCUCCCCUAACCCAACAUUAACCCUAACUUGUUAUCAAUUGACUGUUGUUAGGCUAGGGGAGGGGUAGGUGGGCAGUUGCCCAGAUACUGAUAUUGAUCCAGUCUAUCCCCCUUCCCCUUUUAAAAAGGUUUCUAUGGAUGCCCAAAAUGUCAAUUUUGUCAUCACUAUUAUUAUUAUAUUAUUAUUGGUUUUACUGUAAAUAUCUUUAUUUUUACGUCAUUUUUGUCAUUGCUAUUAUUGCAAUUGUCAUAAUUACUAUUGUUUCUACUACUACUAUUAUAAUUAUAACUAUUACAAAUUCCUCAACUGUGAUUGGUUCAGUUCCUGCUUUAUUUUUCUGGUUCUGUAAUAUUAUUAUUCUGUGGAGUUGUAAUCGAACAACUGGCUGUAAUCCAAUAUCCUGUAUUAAGACAGUUAAGCAACCAAUUAUAUGAAGACCACUCAGCUAAACCGACCAAUCACAGAAUUGAUUGCAAUAACCAUAGCAACAACCAAUUACCCUACAAACUGAGAAAUUUUUUUAAAAAGUUAAUGUCGUUAUGGAAGGUAUUUCCCAUUGUCAAUUUUGACUUAUUUGCAUGGUUUGUUUUCUUUUCGGAAAUUCUAAUAGUUAAAAGUAAUUGGUAACAGGACUUCGUGUCGUCCAAUCCUGUUUGUAAUCCUACUCCUAAUUAACAAAUCGGACCAACACCUCGCACCAGUCCGAUUUUGUUAAUCACUGGUAUUGAUUACUGGCCGAAUUGGACUCCACUUAGUCCUAUUACCAUUACUCAUCAUUAUUAUUUCUAUUAUUUUAGGUGCAAAUGUUCUGCUAGAUGGGCAACAACAGAACAUAAAACUUGCUGAUUUUGGAAUCUCAAAAGUCAUGACAGUAAGCAAAUAUUCUGUUCUUUCCAUUAUUGUUUGAUCCUCAUUUUGUUGGUUGGUUUGUUAUUGAUUGAUUAAAUUUGAAAGUAGAGUCUUUAGAGGUUAUGUUUGCAGUUUAAAAUCUUUCCUCGCUCCAAGAUAUCGGGUGGUCUACUGGUUAGGGUGGUGGACACCAGCUUAAGAGACUGAGAUCUGGCUGAGUCAUUACAAUAUGUGCUUGGUUAAGUAACGGUGCCUCUCUCCACCCAGGAAUAUUUAACAUUUAUUUCAUGAGCGCGCGUUGGAUAUGAGAUGGUAAAUGGCCAACGAGACGCGCCGCGCUAUGUUGGCUAUGACCAAUCUCAUAUCCAACAAGUAAGAAUUGAAUAAUUGUGUUAUUAAAUCUCAUCAAAUCCUGAACGUGUGGAUAUUGGAGCCUUUUUUCAGCUCCCCAACAGUUGGCGCAAUGCAUUUCCAUCGAAGGUGACUCGGAAUAUGAGCUGAUAACCGGAGUUGAGAGAACGAAUCAGAAUACUAGAAGUGCUACAUCCAGAGUUGAAAAUUUCAUAAAUAUGGAUACUGGUGAGAAAAAAAGGAGAGAUUCUUCCAAUCCUGAUGGUUUAGAUGAGGGUUAAGAAGGAGUUUCGUACUUAUAGAGAGGGGUAGCUAAUAGCGAUACGGGAACUAAGACACUCAAUUUAAGGUUAUCCUCACAUACAAGUUAAUGUCAUGAAUGUACAGGCACUGAAAACCGUCACCGGUGGAAGAGUGACUCAAGGAAACGUGGCUUCUUUUCAUUGGACAAGCCCGGAAAUGCUCUCUGGCCAAUCCUAUGGAAGGAAAACUGAUAUUUGGUAUUAGUUCUGAUACUUUUUGAAAGAUAUGGAUUUCAGUUAAAUGGUGUAUCGGUUUUUUUCCCUUGGAAAUUUUAGUGAACUAUUUUCUUGAAAGAGCUCGCAAAUCUACCAUCAUUUAACAAAUAUAUUCCAUGUUGCCGUUCGCCUGUUCGUUAAUAGAUCGUGUAUGAUGUAUGAUGGAGCUUUGACAACAGCAGAGGCAAAAGUCCAAAAUAUUUUCUGUGCAAACGGUUCAGUAAUUAAAUAGAAAUAUUUUCAGAAAGGGAAAAAGAAGCUGAAAAAGGAUUAAUGUUAUCUUGAAAUGAAGGUAUUGCUUUUUAGUAGUAUAAAUUUCUGUUUUACACUUAUUUUCAAAUUUUUUGCACUAUAUAGGAUUAAUUGAUUGGCUCUCAGCCAGUGAGUACGCUGAAAUUUCUUCUUGUAUAUAUUAAUUGAAUUAUCACAUCAUUUUUUAAGGAGUGUGGGUUGCACUGUAGUCGAGAUGUUGACAACCAAACCGCCCAUGUUCAAUGAACACUUAUUGAUGCAAGCAAAAAUGUUUAAGAUUGUCAACCACGAAGUUGAGCCACCGAAGGACUGUACAUCCAUUGCUUUUGGAUUUAUUGAGAAAUGCCUCAGGUAUAUGGUCUCUCUUUAA